AUGCCAAACUUCGGCCAAUUUCAGCAGGAGCAACAACAACCACAACAACCUGGUCCAUUUAUAAGACAGCAGCAACAGGAGCAUCCGGAAGGGCAACUUCGCCGGCAACAACAUCAACAAGGCCAAUUUCAGCAGGAGCAACAACAACCACAACAACCUGGUCCAUUUAUAAGACAGCAGCAGCAGGAGCAACUGGAAGGGCAACUUCGACGGCAACAACAUGAACACGGCCAAUUUCAGCAGGAGCAACAACACCCACAACAACAUGGCCCAUUCAUAAGACAGCAGCAACAGGAGCAACCGGAGGGGCAACUUCGACGGCAACAACAUGAACACGGCCAAUUUCAGCUGGAGGAACAACAACUACAACAACAUGGCUCAUUUCAAAGGCAACGGCAACUGGGGCUUUAUCAGAGACAAUUUCUGCAACAAAACCAAGAACACAAGGCCACUUUUCCAACAAAGGCAGAACUUCUCUCGGAACCAAUCUCUUUGUCAGAAAAACAAACUGCGAAUAUUAUUGACCCGGAUGGAGGCAAGCCAAAAAAGCAGUCGCCAAUCAUCAAGGGCCUGUCGAAAGUCUGGAAUCGUUUGUCGUUUAGCAUUGGUUCAAACCUCAUUUGGAAAAUUGAGAGCACUUACGGAUCAGCCGUAAGUUCUUAUUUUAAAUUCUUAAAGUGGAUCUCUUGGCUCAACUUGGUGAGCUUUGUAAUCAUCUUUGUGCUCAUUAUUGGUCCCCAAUUCUUCAAAGAAGACCUGGAGGGCUCCUCCUCCAUCGAAUUGAUGUGCGAUGUCAGUGAUCCCAAUGAUGGCCUUCAUCUUCCUUGGGUCCCACUUUCCAAUGCCUCAGAAUGCUGCAACAUCCAGUACAACAACGGGAACACUGGUUUCAAUUUUGAAAACUUGAACUUUGGGGAGAGCGUGUCGAAAUUCUUGCAAGACCUAUUGCAAGGAACCAACUGGAUGGAGUAUUCCGUUCUCUUUUAUGGCUACUACAGUGGGACACACACGUUUCCCUCGGGCGACUGGUCGUACAACUUCGGAUUGGAAUACAUCGUGGUCUUUUUGAUUGUGCUACUUAUCAACCUAAUCGUCGUGGUCGCUUCUACAACCAAAUAUAUGCGAACCAAGUCAAGGACAUGGGCGACCAAAUCCUAUCGAAUGAGUCACCUCAUCUUUGCCACCUGGGACCAUAACUUGGCCCAGGAAAGUGCCAUUAAAACCCUGAAGAAACACAUUCAGACCAAUAUGACUGGAUUAACUGAAAACAUAAAAGAAACGACGAAGAAAAGGGAAUUGAAGCUUGGGGGCAAGGUUUGCCUCUGGGCCACAAGGGUUUUUAUCAAUGUGGUCAUAUUGGGAUUACUAGGAGGAGCAGGCUACGGCAUUUACCAAUUCACUGGUAUUCUUGUUCCCCAAUGGCUUUUGGAACAAAACUGCUCCAAUGUUGACAAUACCCAUGCGCCAUCUUUUUUGUGUUUCGUUUUGAACUACGUUCCGUCUCUUACGAUUACCGUGGCCAAUAUCAUCCUGCCUUUGAUUUUUGCCUUUGUCAUCAAGUUCGAGAAAUACUCGUCCAAAAUGGAACUGGUCAUUCAUCUGGCACGAUCCAUUGUCCUCCGGAUGGCAUCCCUGAUAUUGGCUUUCUUGUCCAUCUAUUUCACCGUCAAUUGCAAUUAUACGUACGGCUGCAAGAAUCCCGAUGGGAGUGUCGAUAUACUGACUCAGUCCUCAGAGUGCCAAAUGCCUGUGGAGCUGUGCUCUAACAACAAUGUCCCAGAUACUCCUUGCAACAAACAGCUUUGUUGGGAAUCGUAUUUGGGCAGACAGUUCUACCAAUUGACCGUGGUGGAUUUUCUGGGUCAGCUUGUCGUUUUCCUAGUUGACUUGGCGCGGGCGAAAUUGAUCGGAAGUAAGCGGAAGAACAAAAUCUUUAAAUUUUUAGGUUCCAUCGAAUUCACCAUUUCCAAGCACGUAUUGGACAUUGUCUACUCCCAAACAAUUUGCUGGUUGGCCAUGUUCUACGCCCCACUUAUCACACUGGUCACCGUCAUCAAAAUGAUGCUACUAUUCCUGCUCCGUUGGCUUUACGUCAGAUUCGUUUGUAAACCUACCUUGGGAAAACAAACCGUGAUUCAGCCUUCAUCCCUCUUCAAAGGUUUCUUGUUAUUGGCCUUUUCAUUGAGUGUAAUUGCACUCGCUGUGACUAUGAAAACCGUCCAACCUUCUGUGUCUUGUGGACCAUUUCGGGACGUCAAGUGCUCUGCACCUGAUGGGGCAUGUCUCAUAUACGAUUUUGUCAUUGAAUCGUUAAGGUUGAACGAUUCAUGGUUUUUCCCAGUCCUUGAGUUUUUCCUUCAUCCAACCGUUUUAUGGCUCCUGAUUGUUCUCUUCAUAGUGGUUCUGUGUUUUGCAUGUGUUCAUGGUCGAUCUCAAAAACGGUUAGCGAAUGUUCUCUUGAAUGAGUUAAAGAGGACCAAUAUGGCGAAUGUCAAACUUCAAAUAACUUCAGAGGGGGACCAACUAUUGAGAGCAAGUGAAAGAAGAAGCACACCUUUAUGAUGAUUGUAUUACGCUUUAGAUAUUAUCAUGACACGACCUUUUUGUGCAUGAACUAGGGCUUUAGUCAUUGAAAUAAAUCAAAUGAAAAUCUUGGA